UGUUUCAUCUGUGCCCGCAGCGCACGUGAAGUCACCCUACAGGAUUUACGGGAUGAAAGGCUCCGCCACGGGGUGAAUGACCUCGGAAGCUUCAGCUAUACGCAAACGAACACAGCGCGGGUGCAUUUGCUGAUGUUCGCUGGGCGAUUAGGAGCUCGUCGGCUUGCCUGGACACCGAGGCACGCAAAUAAGGUCCUGUGUGUUUGGUGCUUCGGUGCGGCUGAUCCAUCGUGAUCGCAGACAGUCUGUGCUUCUGUGUGCGAGCACGCAUUGCAGCCGUUCGCAAUGACCUUCACCUGGCGAGCGCUGCUGAUCACGACGUGGAUUACGAAUCUUUUGAUCAGUCAAGGCGCGUCGUCGUCUGCCCAGCACGGCGGCAAUCGGCGUCAGAAGCGGUUUGCAGCAUGCACACCGGCGGCCAGCGAAGUUCCGCAGGAGUUGUUCUCGUCAGCGUCGUGGAUUUACACCGACCCGCACUCGGUGUUCAGCGUGUACGCAAAGUACGACGACCGCCAGCUGAGAAACGUCGCCGCCGACGACGAUUCCCUUCUGAUGGUCAAGGAACGCCUGCCCAAGAACGGCACUGAACGCGUUUUGAUCAAGACCUCCAAGCUGCGGCCCAACGAGUCGGUGUUGGUGCAGUCGUCCAGCAGCGUCGUCUACGUGACCAGCACUUACCAUAUGACCGUCACCUACAUCACCUGCCUGGGAGUUGCGCCGCAUGACAGGAAAGUGGGAGCCUGCCACUACGUGGACAACGAGCUCUCGGGCGUCAUCAAGAGUCCAAUGCAUCCCAGCAUUUACCCUCUCGAGGCCUACUGCGAAGUCAAGGUGGCCGUCCCUUACGGCAACGUGAUCAGGUUCCGACUGGAGGACGUGGACCUCUGCCCACGUGCCAGCAACACCAUCACGUUCAUCGACGGAGAGGGCUUGGGCGGGCGACACCUGGCGGUGCUGACUCCAAACGGCACCGGUGAAGGCGGCGGCGUGAACGACACGAUCUUGACGCCCGGCAGGAAGGCCACCGUGGUAUUUCGGGCCAGCUGCGGGCGGGACGUCGAGCGACGGGGCUUCCACAUCACCUACGAGGCCCAGCCGUCGGAGGCCGCCGAAAGCGAUGGUGGCAGCUCUGCCUCGGACCGGAUAGCCGGCCUUGACCAAGGUGCGUGCGGCAAGCCCCUGUUGUCAAUGCCUGGUGACGCCGUCAACGACCAAGACUCUAAAAUAGUUCGGGGAAGCGACGCCAAAAUCGGAGCGCACCCGUGGCAGAUUCUGCUGAAGCACGCCAAGACCGACGACGCCUUCUGCGGCGGCAGCCUCAUCAGUCACCGGUGGGUGCUGACGGCGGCGCACUGCUUCAAGCAGUACAGCCGCCACGACGCGCUCGUCGUGCUCGGCAAGCACAGCCUCGUCUAUCGCGAGGACCACGAGAUCAUCCUCUCCAUCAGGAGGCUGUUGGUUCAUCCGGAGUUCGACAACCGCACGCUGGACAACGACAUUGCCCUGAUCGAACUGCGAGCUGCCAUCCAGUACAGCUCCCGUCUGAGUCCCAUCUGCCUGGGCGACUCGCAGUUCAUCGAACAGAUGGUGUUUCACGCUGCUAAGCCCGUGCUGGGUUUCGCCAGCGGCUGGGGUCGUGUGAACAUCAAGGGUCCGCGACCGGAAAACCUCCAGGAAGUGCGACUGCCCGUGGUGAGCAAGCAGGUCUGCCUGGAGUCGUCCCCUGCCGCGAUCCGAAAGAAGAUCACGGACAACAUGUUCUGCGCCGGUUACGACGACCAGCCUGUGGUGAUGGACACAUGCGAAGGCGACAGCGGGGGCCCCUUCGUGGUGGAGCUGCAGGGCGUCUGGUACCUCGUGGGCAUCGUCAGCUGGUCCCACCAGGGCAAGUGCGGCGUGCCCGGCCGGUACGGGUUCUACACCAAGGUCAACAACUACAACGCCUGGAUCGUAGACUCCGUCAAGUCCUCAAGAGCCGACGGCGCAACCUGAACUCUUCGGCGCUUCUUUAAGUGCGCUGACGUGGACAUUAACGUGCGGGCGGGGGAAGCGGGGAGGGAG